AUGACCGCUCAGUUUCUCACCAACGAGCUCACAAACCUAGUGCAAGAGGCGAAACGGAAGAAUUCGGAUCUGAGACAUGCUGCGGAGAAAUCGUUGUCGGAUCUAAAGUCGCUGAGUCCCUUAGCUGAGGUAGCUGCCGAGCUAUCUACGAAACCGGGAUUUCUGUCGCCGUUCUUGAUCGCCUGUGGCACUCGGAAUGCGAAGUUCAGUACCAUAGGAGUGGUGUGUCUACAGCGAUUGAUCCUUUCGAGAGCUCUUGCAAAGUCGAGAUUGCGAGAAGUUUUGGAAGCGUUCAGAGAAGCUGCGAAUCUGGGUGUCGAAAUCCAGCUUAAGAUUCUACAAGCGCUACCACCGUUAUUGCAAAACUAUGCAGAAGACCUGAAUGGAAAUCUCCUUGGAGAAGCACUGCUAAUAUGCUCGAUACUUCAAGGGAGUAAGAUGGGCGUUGUUAAUAAUACUGCUGCCGCAACACUAUCUCAGAUUGUAAUUUCUAUAUUCGAUAAAGUAGUCUCAGAAGAUGAGCGUUUAUUAGAAACCGAUAUUCACACGGUUGGCGAGGCGCCUUGCGAUGAUGGCCUCAUACCUCUCCGUCCUGCGGCAUUUGAUGCAUAUCGUGUCUUUUAUGAUCUUUGCCUCCUUACAGAAGGCCAUCGUCCUCAAUUUCUCCGUUUCAAUGUUCUCCCGCAACCUUUCGGACUAGAACUUAUAGAAUCAGUUCUUACCAACCAUCCGGACAUUUUCCUAACACACCCGGAACAGGCAUAUGUUCUAAAGACAAGAGUUUCACCACUCAUUAUUCGUUCUUUGGCCGAUAGGCUCAACUUCCCAACAACAGUAAGAAUCACUAGGGUACUUUAUAUUCUUCUAAGAAGACAUCUUAGUAUUCUCAGUCUUGAAUGCGAGGACGCGUUGAACCUUCUUACGCAGAUGCUAGACCCUGACGCUAGUGCACCCUGGAAACGUGCCCUCUGUAUGGAAGUCUUCCGUGGAAUCUGCUCGGAGCCUACCCUUGUCCGUAAAAUAUUCGCCACUUAUGAUGCUGUGGAGGGGCGCAAACCCAUCAUGAAAGAAUUGAUGGGCGCGCUCACGCGUCUUGCAACUGAACGGCCUAGCAUCAUAGGCCUGGGUUCACAAUCCACAGUUCCAGUUGGUGCACAGGCACUCAAAGACCUUUCCUCCGAGCAAGCUGCAUUAGAGGCGGGCGGAGUUGCUGGCAUUAUCGGUGGCGCAGUUGGGCUUGGGGAAGUCCAGGUUGCGGGAUUGAGUACACAGUGGAGUUUAGUUAGGGUCCCGUGUAUUGAUCAACUUGAUAAAAGUGAGCCACCCGCUAUGCCAGAGAGUUAUGUUUAUUGUCUCGGUUUGACUUGUGUCAACCUAUUCUGCGAGGGGCUCGCAAAAUUUAUCCUUCCACUCACUAUUCCCGGCGGCGAAAGUAAAAGUGGAGGUUCCAAACGGCGGGGUCGAGGCAUGCUUCGGACUGGAACUGUGUCUCUCGUGGUAGCCCCCGGGAGCGAUAGUGAAGCAGCCGAAUCACCGAGAACUCCCAGUCCGGCAGCAACAAAGGGUGCGGUUCUAAAACGCAAGCCAGCCCCAAGAGUACACCGAAUCCCCAUUAACCCGCUCACACUUGAGAACCAUCCUUUGGCCGCGGAAAUUACGAUUUCUACUGCGAUAAUGGAGGCUUGUUGGCCAGCGGUCCUGGCAGCGUGCUCUACCUUUUUGUAUGCGACUUUAGAUAACGAGUUUUUACCAUGGGCUCCAGUGCCGAGUAAUGUUAUUUCUGCCAACAUUGACGGUAGCGGUAGCAGUACUGCUGGAUCCAAGGGUUUACUUAGUGUUGAUGCUGAACGUGGUGCUCCUAGCCCUGGUCUAAGGGAAGAGACAGCGGUUGGACUUAAUAGCCGGAAUUUGCUGUGUCUCCGUGCAUUGCUAAAUCUUGGGAUUGCCCUCGGUCCAACCUUGGAGAAAAGCUGGAGCAUCCUUCUUGAAACCCUUCAGGGUGCAGAUUAUGUUCUCUUUGCUUCUUCGAGGAAGAAUGGGCGACAGAUAUCACUCUCAGCACCAGGAGGAGGGUUAUCAAGAACCGACUCAAUGAAGGCUGAGCACCAGGGAACCCUCAUGACAAAUGUCGGUCCUGAACUCGCUGCCGUUGAACUCGCUGCAGGGAAAAUGUUCGAGUCAACUCGUGACUUUCCCGAUGAUGCGUUUAUGGCCGUUCUUGCUGCAAUGUGUAAACUUAGUGACGGUGAGAGCGAAUCAGGCGGUCGAACAAGUAUGGAGAAGCCCCGCUCUCCGGCCUUUCCGGGCGGCCACAAAAGGAUUGGUAGUGUGUCGUCCUUUUCGUCUCAGGCUGUGGUCACAGAUAACGCUUUUGCGCUUGCAAAGCUCGGCGAGCUGGCAAUGAUAAAUAUGUCACGUCUCAUUGGCCCCAAUCCCGCAAGUACAGGCUGGGACCUUCUUGCUACGCAUCUUGCUACUGUGGCUGGGAGUAGGGACCGCGGAAACCCAAUUCGGAUGAAGGCUGCAGAAGUAUUGAACGAGGUUGUAGUCGCAGCGGCAAAGACAGUUGGGCUGGAGAGCACAGAGAACGUAGCAGAGGUACAGAGGAGAAUCCUAACAGCGUUGAGGGAGGGUGUCCGAGGCGGUGAGGAGGGCGUGGCACCAGACGGAGGAGUCAGAGCCACAGAGGCAGAGAUUGUGCGGAUGGGCUUGGAAGCGCUAAAUGCGAUACUUGAGCAUUCGGGGCAGAGCUUGAUCGCUGGAUGGGAGAUUGUGUUUGAGAUAAUCACGGGCGUAUUUGAUUCUAGUAUAGUAUGGCGGCGGGAUGCGGCCCUGCCAGUGGAAGAUGCGCAGCAGGAGGGAGCCAAAAGCGCGAAGAGUCCAAAGCUUAUCCGGGGCUCCUUCAGCUCGCUAGAGCUCAUCUGUAGCGACUUUCUAGCAAAUCUACCGACGAGUUGUGUGCUUGUGCUUAUUGAUGCGCUGUUUGCGUUUUGUAGCCAGAAGGAUGAUCUGAAUAUAUCACUAACGACGAUAACGUUUUUCUGGAACGUGAGCGAUUAUUUACAGACAAAGGGAGGGGGGGCUGAAGGGGGCUCUGUGGGCAGGGCGGAGAAGGAAGAGGACCUAUUAGAGAUUGUAGAAAAGGGAGAGGGAGAUAGCCAUAGUGCAUUGUGGAUGUUGCUGUUGCUGAGGCUGACGGGGGUGAGUGGUGACCGGAGAGCAGAAGUACGGAACGGAUCAAUACAAACGCUAUUCAGAAUAUUCGAUACCUACGGGCAUCAACUUGGUCCGCAGGCGUGGAGCUCUUGCCUGAAGAUUGUGGUCUUCAAGAUGAUGGGAAUCAAUCCAGCACCAGCACCCACUGACUCUGAUGUUGGCGUCAAAGCAAAAACGAGUGAAUUCAAACAAUGGGACGAUACAAUCAAUCUCGUCCUCAGCGGAAUUGGAACAUUGUACUCGAAUUACUUUGAUAUCUUUGCGCAGCAAUCCGAGUUCCGAAACACUUGGAGCGUUUUCAUUCACUACCUCGAGAACCUCCUCUCCCGGCGGAGCUUUGAGGUCAACACAAAUGUCUUUACAGUGCUCAAGCAUGUCCUUGAGAAGGUCUCUCAGCCCGAGAAACUAGACCAGGCAAACCGUGAAGAUGUCUGGCGCAUGUGGAGCGGCCAGGGCAUCAAGCUCGUUGAAGGAAACGUCGAGACCUCCCGUACGGGUAUCCAAGAGACUCUGACAGCAUAUGUGGACUCAUUUAAACCCCUUUACCGGCUUCUCGAGCCUACUCUCGACGCAGAUAUGGCAGGCCGUACACUCGCUAUAAUGAGAGAGUGCAUCAUCUUCCCCGAUGCGCCCUCAUACUUCCAAGAUAUUGAUAUCCUCACGCCCCUGCAAGCCGUCAUCCUCGAGGUCGUGCAACUACUAAGAACCGAUAUUCCGGGCGUGCCCAGCUUGGUUCUGAAGCAGAUAUCAGAGUUCAGUACAGUCGCAUACGACACUAACCUCCAUGCGGGUAUCGACAAGAAGGGCGUGCGCAUCCCCACCUACAUUGCGCUGGCGACCCAGAGUAUGAAGAUCAUUGAGGCGGUAACCUUGCAGCACAUUGAGAACCGGGAGAUAUAUUCUAGCGGCGCCUUAAAGAGCGUCCUGGAGGCGCUAGGCGUGCCUAUUAGCCUCAAGUACAAUUUCGCGCCGCAAACAACGAGCUCAGUUAAGCGGCCAAGCCAGUGGAUACCCGCGACCACAGUCGUGUUAAGGAUAUUGACCCGCGCACUGGCGGCUAUGGAUUCGCUGGAGAUUGCCGAGGAGAAGGUGUGGGGGCUGGUGAUACAGAUCAUUGGCUCUGUUGUCUCGGCGGACACGACUAGUGGUGUCGGGGAGGUAACGCUACAGAUGGAUGAGGACUUUGACAUCAGCUCUUUUAAGCAGCUUAGAGAAUUGGUUGUGCCGCGGCUAGGGAGGUCGGUGGUUCCAGAUAAAGUGGUUAAUGAGUAUGUGAGAAGCGUCGUCAAGAGCUCACUUUUAUAUGGUGUUGAUCUGGAGAUGGACGGAGGGGCGCUAGAGGGACUGAAGAGGCGGCGACGCGGUAUCACAAGCGAGUUGGUUCUAGAGAGAAGGGUUAGGAUGAGCUACGUUUGUCUCGACGAGCUAUUUGAACUUUCCAAGAUUGGAGGUGAUGAUUCGCCUGAGUUGCAACGACUUGCUGCCGCCGCCGCACCAUUCCUAGUGCUAAGAGCCGGGCUAGUAUUGCAGCACUACAUCUCCGACCAACCACUACGGGGCCGGAUGCCGCAGCCCGUCGUCCAGCGCAAAGAGAUGCUCUACGUCCUCAAGCGCCUAGUCAACCUCGAGUCCAGCUCGAAAUCCAUCUCCAAAGAAUCCCACCUACCACCGUCGACGAAGCAGCACCUGUUUACGCUGUUUCCGCUCAUCUCGCAGUGCAUUGCGGUCGCGCAGGGCGACCAGGAGCUCCUCACGUGGCUGUCGAGGGCGCUGAAUGAGAUGGGGAUGGCAUUUGGUGUGUGUUAG